CCUAUGACACUUGACCAAGCAAACGGUGAGGCAGAAAUUACAUGCAUUCCCGUCCGUUUCGCGUUUUAUCUCGCUCAUUACAGCAGCGAACUGGACACGAUACUGUGCUAUCAGAUGGUUGGUCUCGCUGAAAGGACUGACCAUUCUGACAUUUGCUGGUUCAUUACAAUAUGUUGGCUGACUUUUAAGGAUGGAGUUUGUUUGGCUUCUCUCAACCGAUUAAAAGUGAUCUAGGAAACAACUGGUCAUAAAAGUCGGUGCGUUAAUCACAUGCAGCACGAACCUGUAUUGAACCAAUAUUUUGAAGGGACAGUUGCUUUUCGGAUACAGGAAGUACAAGAAGAACAGUUGGUAUAAACGACCAAACCAUUGUUAGCUUUGUUGGUAAUCCACCCGGAUACGGAUCACACAGGAAGGGGACAAUUUUGAUGGAAAUCGCAGGUAAUAAGAUAUUUCGGGGUGUCCAACGAAGGCGAAACAGAACAUGGAUUACGAAUUGAUAGUGUCGUCAUUAAGAAAUUGUGGCUAAAUGAAUAAAAAUGAUUUGAGUGAUUCGACUGUAACUUUUACAGAACGGAUUAUAAUUAGUUUGUUUUAAAAUUAAUCAUAUCGUAAUAAGUGGAUUAAUUAUGGUGACUGUUCGCCCAACACCGUUUCCCAUACCUAUGGAUACACACAUUAGGUAUGUGGACUCUAAUCUGCCUCUUAACAUAUCAGUGAACACAUCGGAGGAUGCCUUGGAUGGGAAUGGAACAUGCAAAGAACCGUAUCCCAGAGACGAAAACUUGGUAAAAAUCGAGAUUAGUGUCACAGCGAUAAUAUUCAUUUUGGCAUUCGCCGGGAACUCGAUCGUUUUACUCGUGUUAGCACUGCGGAAAAAGAAGUUAUCGAGAAUGCAUAUGUUUAUAAUGCACCUUAGCUUAGCAGACUUGUUUGUAGCUUUCUUUAACGUUCUGCCUCAAAUGGCUUGGGAUGUGACCUACAGAUUUCAGGGUGGAGACUUCCUCUGUAGGUUUGUCAAGUAUGUACAGGUCGUCGCGAUGUACGCUUCUAGUUACGUCCUGGUUGCGACGGCGCUGGACCGUUAUACGGCAAUUGUGUACCCACUCACCACACACACGUGGUCGCAGCGACGGAUAGCCCUAAUGGUUGGGGCAGCUUGGCUCCUAUCCUUAGUAUUCUCUGUACCUCAGCCAAUAAUGUUCUCAAUACAAGAAGUUAAAGCCAAUAUGACGUGCCCUGUGUACGACUGUUGGAUGGAUGAACACGAUCCUGACUACAUACAGGCAUAUGUAACUGUUUUUCUCAUGCUGGUCUAUUUCUUACCGCUUUUAGUACUUAUAUUCAGCUAUGGACGGAUAUGUUGUAUCGUGUGGCACAGUAUGGGAGCCCGGGAAACGCCUAGCCCUUCCGCACGGCCCAAUACGCCACACAUUCUGAGUAAGGAGGCCACGAAGGGACUAACCAUGCAGUAUGAGGAGAAACUCCUGAGGAAGAACGAAUCAGCUCCCCGGGCCCAUAGCCGGGGCAUCUCUAACGCUAAAAUGAAGACGAUUAAACUUACAAUGGCCGUCAUUCUGUGUUACCAAAUAUGCUGGUCUCCCUUCUUUGUAUCACAGAUGUAUUGGGCCUGGGACCCCGCCCCUCUAUAUAGCGGCGAAAGCACAUCUUCCACAGAUGACUCGGGUCAUCAAUUAAGCCAAAACAACACAAGUAUAGCAGCCGACUUCAUGACCAUAACUGUGUUAUUGGCCAGCCUAAACAGUAUGACAAAUCCCUGGAUUUUUCUACUGUUCAACGAUAACAUCUGCCAGCAGGUGAAAGCACGCUACAGGCCCAGCCCGACCACUGCCAGUGCAAGUUACUUCACCUCCGAGUACCGUACCUCGUCCACUAAGAUUGGCGCGUCUGUCGCCCACCCCGACACAGCGACACUGAACGACUCCAGUCCCCGAGACCGUACUCAGUAUACGAACUCUAUACCUAUGAAGAACAUGAACCAGAAAUACUCGAAGGCAACAGACAACGGUGAAAUGAUGGGCCCAUGAGCACACAGACGCAAUUUUAACAAAACGCCUGUUCGUGGAUAAUGCAUUUUAUGCUACAGUGUAAGAGACAAUGAUGGCGAGAUUUCGUUAGGUCGUCAUGGUAUCUGCCAUUAUUUCAGAAUCAUAAGGUUAGAAGGAUGUAUCAGGUCAGCACUUCACAAUUUGCACGAACUUGGAGGAUCUAGAGGAUUCUGUGUUUGGGCUGGAAUGAGCAGACAUGAGAUCUACUUUCGAGAGGACCCUCAUGGAAUGACUGUCGUAGCCUGAAGCCGUCUUGUGUCGAGUAAACGCCGGUUACUGGUGCCAUGGUUCCCGCCAAACCAAUGCUUUCAGUUCUCACCAGGAAUUAAUAAGGCCGGCUCAGGUCGGUCCACUUCAAUUGUCGAUAAGGAAAAUCACGUGUACAAGCCCCGAGCACCAAAUUCGAACAAUUCAGGUGUUCCCAAGAUUGGGCCUAUUGUUCCGUGAGCCUAAUCCCUGAACAGAUAGUCGAGCAUUACAAUGGGGUAUCAGCUCUCGGACAAUGGGCGGACAAGAGCGUGCGAUAUGACUAACAAUGGUCAAACUAAAAAGUUAUAAACUCGUCAUUUUUCAGUCAAUUUUAAGCUGAUUAGAAAAAUACAUUAUGUAGGCGAACUGUUUAGUUUCCAAAAGCAUCUCAGCAAAAUGUUGUACUCUUUUUUUCUUUCGUGACUGGACGAUCACACAACUGAUUAAUGUUGCUUAUCUGAGGAUUGUAAGAUAACAUCUUGACAAUUCGUACUGCUCCAAAAGGCUGUAAACGUAAUAAAAUAUAUCGCAGAGCACCCGAAACUCGAAUGCGAACGCCUAUCCCAUUGUUGAAAAUCAUAAUUACGGUUCGUAUUAACGUAUGCGGAGCAAAGAACCAUAGCGGAUUCGUACCAGAGAAUACAUCAGCUAGUUUGGGACAAAACAUGCAUGCCUGCAUGCACCUCGCAAGACAAAAAAGGGACAAUGGUAGUCGACAUGGUCUAGAGGAGUUAGAUGUAUACCACGAUCGAUCUACUUUUUUCGUCCUGCCAUCUUAUACUGAGUAGAUCGGGUAUAAACCGAGUUACUAAGUAAACUUUGGUGUGAUAAUGCUGGAUACCAGGUUAUGUAUUUACUGUAAAGGGGACCGGGCAUGAGACGUUCCAUCUCUCACCCAACUACGAUAUGAAAUAGGAUUUGUCUUCAGUAAAAGUCGAAGGAUAGUAUGCGACUAAGUCGCUAGAGCAAGUGCAAUGCUUCUGAGUGUACAUAGUUCUUAGCGCUCCCGCUGUGGCAGCAGACGUGAUUUGUCAGAGGUGCGAGGGGUUAUGAAUGCUCAAGCCUGUGUGUGUAGGUAUUGUGUUAUGGGCUCCUUUUUUUGAUGUGGUAUACACAAUAACACAAGAAACACGAAUCAAUGGCUGUUAUUGAGCGGACUCGGACCCCUACAAUGGCGACCUUCCUAGAACACGUGUACGGCCGUAACACCUCUGUUUACAUAUCUGUUUACGAACUACCUGAGUUCCUUGUGUAUCGUUCAAGUUUACCUUUAACUUGAGGAAAACGAGAACCUUGGCAGGUCGCUAUUGUAAGGAUCCAGGUUAACUCAUUAACGUCCUUCAUUCGUGUUUCUUGUUUUAGAACCCAUCAGGGAAACAUGCCUAUCAUGAGCAUCCACUUGUCUGGCCAAAAGCUAGAUGGAGAAUGGGAAUGCAGUAUUGCCAUCUGAUAAAGGUUUAGAAAACUUAACUUUCAUUCAGCUUUUCGGAGCGCAGUUUAGUGAAGGUACCUGCAUGACAUAUUUUGGACUAUCGUUUGGCUGUUCGGACUGUGGUGUUGUGCACGACUUUCUUGGACUAUCUGACUAAUCUUCGUCAAUUUCUGCGUUUCACAUAAGAUGCAAGCCAACUUCAUCAACGGCGGUCUAUUCGUUAUCUGUGUAAUAGCUAAGUGUUGUAUCAGCGUUCUGUUGGUGUUGUAAGCAUCAAUAUUUUACGUGAACACAAACGCCGUACACAAGUAACUUGGACGAGACCUAUUGUACAAGACUGCGGGCACAGAGUGGUCAUAUUUAUUUUGCUUUCUCGCCACCUCGCUCAUCAUGCUUGUCAAUGAGUAUUUAAAGAAACAGGUUUCAUCACCAUGCGUUAGGGGACAAGUGCGAUCGUGAGGCAAAAAAACAGGAAUGUAUGUCAGGAUAAAGCGGCGUGGUUUUCAAGCAACUACAACUGCACAACACAACGUAUGAGUAUUCGAGGGUCAGAUGAGAUUAAAAGCCGUGGAUCUUUGUGUUCUGUCACUCAGAAUAAAAUGCUGGCCUCGGUCAAUUGGGCCUGCUUUCCUGUGUCUGUCCCUACAUCAUAGCAAGUGAUGACGUCACGUGAAACCACUCUAUAUGUAAUCCAUACCUCCGAUGAAAAUUCAAUAGUGUUACAUAAAACUGAAAUCCAUGAACUGCGUAUUUGGCUUGGGUGUACGAAUUUGCUUUGGGUUGACUUCAACGAAAGACAGUUAAGCAGACAUAUGUCGUACUUUAAUACCAGUUGUUGCAAUCUGUACUAUUUUAUAAAGAAUUAACCAACAUAUUUAUAUAUUACAAAUAAAUGUACAAAAUAUUCAAAAUGAUAUCAUUAAAUUAUUGUAAAUUGUACUUUAUAUUGUAUGUAAUUGUAU